GAGGGACUAUUUGGUAAUUGUAGAGAUCUGCAGUUGGAGCCGCAUUUCCGUGGAUAGCAGAAAGCCGCGACAGAAACGCAAAUCCUUCGUUUGCGAAAGAGAAGGAAAAUGGAGAGCGCUCUCUUACUAUCUACUCGCCCUUUCCUCUCUUCUCCACGCAGAGAUGUGAGAGAAUGCACAAAAAAUAUCCAGAGCUCAUUCUAUGGUAGAUUCUUAUGUGGUAACAGCCUUAUAAGUAGAGAGAUCAGUCGCAGCCGUAGAAGCUGCACUGUGGUUGCAUCGAUGGUUGCAAGAAAGGCCAAGAAAAGAGAGACAGUGAUCCCUGACCCAGACUAUAGAAUACCAAUUGUUUUAUUGGGUUUAGCAGGUGGACUAGCAUAUCAAGGCAAUCUAUUGCCAGCAGCUCCAGCUGGUCUCCUUGGAUUGCUUUUGUUAUUCCAGACAACUAGAGUGAGAUUCGUGUUUGAUGAAGAGUCCCUGGAGGUAAAAGUAGGGGAUCAGCUUCAGGAAUCUGGUGAGAAUGUCUUUGUCGGUGGGAAAAAUCGUUGGAAAUAUUCUACAUUUGUGAAUUGGGAACUGUGGUGGCCAAAUUUUCCAAUCCUGGUGUAUUUUAAGGAGACACAGACAAAGCCCGAAGGACAAGUGCACUUCUUUCCAGUAAUCUUUAACGGGAGGCAGCUUUAUGAUGUUAUGGUGGAGCGAGCUGGGCCUUCAAAGACAAGUGGGCCUAAACAGUCCUGAAGGGAUGCGGCAGGAGAUUUGAUCAAUUGAUUAUGGUUGACCCAAGGUAAUCAUGUGGAAAGCACCAAGAAGAGGUGCCUUGCUAGUGGAUAGCUCCUGAGACACGUGCUGCAUGGAUGGCCGAGAUUGAGGGUUGGCAUGUAAGCAUGUGAGUGCCAACGUGGCUGUAGAAACCAAAUCCUUCAUUUCUUGAAGCGUGGGAGGUGGGAGGCGUUGGUCCAACACAUCCAUCAGCAGUAUAUCUUGGCCACCAGACGUUGCUAACCAUAAGGUGAGAUCUCUAGGAUGCCUUCCCAUUGUCACUUCAAGUGCCACAACACCAAAGCUAUAUACGUCACAUUUCUCAGUCACUCUCAUUGUGUAAGCAAGCUCUGCACAAACAUAAGAAUAAGAUCGUGUUUCAUAACCUAGAUCCAUAUGCACUCAUGCUCUGGCUGCUACUGCUCA